AUGCUUACUUUUGUGAAACCUCUGCUUGGGACUGAAGAGGCAGUAAAGAAUUUCUAUCAGCUAGCUAUGGCCAAUGAGCUAUCAUCAUAUGAGUCUGACUCAGAGAUCUCUGAUGUUGACUCAGGGUAUACUACCUAUGAUGAUACUGAUGGAACCAUUUACUUGUCUAUUCCUAAGAGCAGAGAUAACGCCACCAACUCUGAGGUGUAUGGGGCUGAUAGACAAAUACCCAGCACCCGAACAGCUCGGAAUGAAGUAUCUGAAGGAAAUUAUUCUCCCCACCGAACACGUGCAGCAGUUCGAAAUGAAGAUAUAGGUUUUCAACCCAAGACGAAACCUUUCCAGGACCCAGCACCUGUAUCUCGGCAAUCACCUCCGAAACCGCCACCGCGACCUCCUACCCCACCAGUAAAGCCUAUUCUGAAACCAGUGGUAGAAAUUCCCCGAAGGCCUCGUACUCAAGCAUCAGAGAUCGACAUAGAAAUGCCUGAUGCGAAGCCUAUUCGUUCACAUACUGCUCCCUUGCCUCGGGACCCAAACCAUGGACCCAAGAAAGGAGAGAAGGGGAAAGACAAGGAGAACCGGCUGACUCCAAUUCGCCAAUCUGCCAUAUCCAGUACAGUGAAUCGAAGUGAUGUCACAAAUCGCAUCCUGGACACAAAAGUGGAAGUGAGCCUCAGAGAGCUCAUGGAAGUAUCCAAGGAUGUGCGUACUGAAUUCACAGACAUGGUCAAGGUCAAAAAUCCUAAAGCUGUCCUCAUGAGUGCAAAGAAAAUCCCAAAGGCCAUAGUUGGCAAUUAUGCUUGGCCUAGAAUGGAUGGAGUGCUCAUCAAGGUAGAUAUGGUGACUAAUGGCUCCAUAAUUACGGCCAUCAUUGAUACUGGAUCACAGCUGAAUGUAGUCCGAGGAGACUUAGCUCGGCAGCGAAUCAAGCGAGUUGUGGACACCACACGUGCAAUCAACAUGAAUGAUGCAAAUGGAGGAUCAGGACAACUAUGCGGAAUAAUUCGUGGAGCUGAACUAAUCUGCGGAGGCUUGCAUACAACUGCAGACCUGUGGGUGUCCGAAAAAGCUCCCUUUGAACUACUCCUAGGACGCCCUUGGCAAAGAGCCAACAAAGUUAGUAUUGAUGAACGUCGAGAAGGAACUUACCUAGUCUUCAAGGAUGCCAGAACAGACCAACCCCGUUUGGAACUACUGGCAGCAACACCUGAGGACAAUGAUUUCGAACAUGGAAAUUCUCAUUUCCAAUCACUGGCUUGUUUAGGUUUGGCUCCGGACUUGCCCGAAAAUGGCAAGGUUGGUUCUGAUGCAGUGCAGGAAGAUGCGCCAAAAUGGACAGUAUUCGACAUGACAUGGGUGCCAAAUUGGGCUGAAGGCGCCAAACAGGAAUGGCAAAAUGGUGAACAUAUUGUGGUUGAAAUAAUCACACUCACUGCUAUUUUCUGGAUUGCUGCUUGCUAUACAGUUCUGAAGACUUUGUUCAGGAUUCUGGGAGCUGACAAGAGUGAGUCAGAGUUGAAACAAGUGUCUCAACUUCGUAGUGGACAAACUGUUACACUUGUCACUGCCACACCUGUCACACUUGUCGCUGGCCCCGCUGUCAACAGCAAGUCACGCGGAUAG